ACUUACAAAGGAGAAUCCGGUAGGAACCUGAAACGUCUUGAAGUUGUCUGAAGAUUCUUCAAUCACUAUGUCAAGUGACACAGAUAUUUCUCUUUCUUCAUAUGAUGAAGAUCAGGGAUCUAAACUUAUCCGAAAAGCUAGAGAGGCACCAUUUGUCCCCAUUGGAAUGGCAGGUUUUGCAGCAAUUGUUGCAUAUGGAUUAUAUAGAUUGAAGAGCAGGGGACAUACUAAAAUGUCUGUUCACCUGAUCCACAUGCGUGUGGCAGCCCAAGGCUUUGUUGUGGGAGCAAUGACUCUUGGUAUGGGCUAUUCCCUGUAUCAAGAAUUCUGGGGGAAACCUAAACCUUAGAAGAGGAGAUGCUGUCUUGGUCGUCUUGGUGGUGCUUGCUUUAGUUAGACAUCUCAUAUUGAGGUUAUAUGUUUAUGCUGAAAAUAAAUUGUUUGGGUCAGACAAGAA